UGCCCGGGGACGCGGGCCGCGGGCACCACGGCCCCCGCCGUGACGCCCGCGGCCGAUGCCCUCUAUGCCCUCCUGCGCGCCUUCCGCUGGGCACGCGUGGCCCUGGUCACCGCCCCCCAGGACCUGUGGGUGGAGGCGGGACGCUCACUCGCCGCGGCUCUCAGGGGCCCGGGGGUCUGCCCCGUGGCCCUGGUGACAGCCAUGGAGCCCUCGAAUCGGUCCGGAGCCCGGGAGGCCCUGAGGAGGGUCCAGGAGGGGCCCCGAGUCAGAGCGGUGAUCAUGGUGAUGCACUCGGUGCUGCUGGGGGGCGAGGAGCAGCGCUGCCUCCUGGAGGCUGCAGAGGAGCUGGGCCUGGCCAACGGCGCCCUGGUCUUCCUGCCCUUCGACACGCUGCACUACGCCUUGGCCCCGGGCCCGGAGGCCUUGUCCGUGCUGGCCAACAGCUCGCAGCUCCGCCGGGCCCACGAUGCGGUGCUCACCCUCACGCGCCGCUGUGCCCCGGGAGGCAGCGUGCUGGACGCCCUGCGCAGGGCCCAGGAGCAGCGGGAGCUGCCCCCUGACCUUAAUCUGCAGCAGGUAUCCCCACUCUUCGGCACCAUCUAUGAUGCGGUCUUCUUGUUGGCGGGGGGCGUGGCGCGAGCUCGGGCGGCGGUAGGUGGCAGCUGGGUGUCCGGAGCAGCUGUGGCCCACCACGUCCAGGAUGCCCAGGUCCCGGGUUUCUGCGGGGCCCUGGGAGGAGCCGAGGAGCCCCCGCUUGUGCUGCUGGACACAGAUGAGGCGGGGGACCAGCUGUUCGCCACAUACAUGCUGGACCCCACCCGGGGCUCCUUCCGCUCUGCUGGGACCCCAGUGCAUUUCCCUGGAGGGGGCCAGGGGCCUGGGCCCGAUCCCUCUUGCUGGUUCGACCCAGACAUCAUCUGCAACGGAGGAGUGGAUCCGGGCCUCGUCUUUAUCGGCUUCCUCCUGGUGGUUGGGAUGGGGCUGACAGGGGCCUUCCUGGCCCAUUAUGUGAGGCACCGGCUACUUCACAUCCAAAUGAUCUCAGGCCCCAACAAGAUCAUCUUGACUCUGGACGACAUCACCUUCCUCCACCCACAAGGGGGCAGCUCUCAAAAGGUGGCCCAGGGUAGCAGUCGGUCGAGUCUGGUCGCCCGCAGCGUGUCAGACAUUCGCAGCGUCCCCAGCCAGCCUGCGGAUAGCUCCAACAUCGGCCUCUAUGAGGGAGACUGGGUUUGGCUGAAGAAAUUCCCCGGGGAUCAGCACAUAGUUAUCCGCCCAGCAACCAAGACAGCCUUCUCCAAGCUCCGGGAGCUGCGGCACGAGAACGUGGCCCUCUACCUGGGGCUCUUCCUGGCGGGGGGAGCGGACAGCGCCGCGGCCCCCGGGGAGGGCGUGCUGGCCGUGGUCUCGGAGCACUGCGCCCGGGGCUCCCUGCACGACCUCCUCGCCCAGAGAGACAUCAAGCUGGACUGGAUGUUCAAGUCCUCCCUGCUACUGGACCUCAUCAAGGGAAUGAGGUACCUGCACCACCGAGGCGUGGCCCAUGGGCGACUUAAGUCCCGGAACUGCGUGGUGGACGGGAGGUUUGUGCUUAAAGUCACCGACCACGGCCACGGGCGACUCCUGGAAGCGCAGAGGGUGUUUGCAGAGCCUCCCAGCGCGGAGGACCAGCUGUGGACCGCCCCGGAGCUGCUCCGGGACCCGGGCCUGGAGCGCAGGGGGACGCUGGCCGGCGACGUCUUCGGCGUGGGCAUCAUCAUGCAGGAGGUGGUGUGCCGCAGCGCCCCCUACGCCAUGCUGGCGCUGACACCCGCGGAGGUGGUGCAGAGGGUGCGGAACCCCCCUCCGCUGUGUCGGCCCUUGGUUUCCGUGGACCAGGCACCCAUGGAGUGCAUCCAGCUGAUGACACAGUGCUGGGCAGAGCAACCGGACCAUCGGCCCUCCAUGGACCGCACCUUCAGCCUGUUCAAGAGCAUCAACAAGGGCCGAAAGACCAACAUUAUCGACUCCAUGCUGCGGAUGCUGGAGCAGUACUCCAGCAACCUGGAGGACCUGAUCCGGGAGCGCACGGAGGAGCUGGAGCUGGAAAAGCAGAAGACAGACCGACUCCUCACGCAGAUGCUGCCUCCGUCUGUGGCUGAAGCUCUGAAGAUGGGGACCCCUGUGGAGCCCGAGUAUUUCGAGGAGGUGACACUGUACUUUAGCGACAUCGUGGGCUUCACCACCAUCUCCGCCAUGAGUGAGCCCAUCGAAGUAGUGGACCUGCUCAACGACCUCUACACGCUCUUUGAUGCCAUCAUCGGCUCCCACGAUGUCUACAAGGUGGAGACCAUUGGGGACGCCUACAUGGUGGCCUCCGGGCUGCCCCAGCGGAACGGGCAGCGGCACGCGGCAGAGAUCGCCAACAUGGCCCUGGACAUCCUCAGCGCCGUGGGCUCCUUCCACAUGCGCCACAUGCCCGAAGUGCCCGUGCGCAUCCGCAUCGGCCUGCACUCGGGCCCGUGCGUGGCGGGCGUGGUGGGCCUCACCAUGCCGCGGUACUGCCUGUUCGGGGACACGGUCAACACCGCCUCGCGCAUGGAGUCCACGGGGCUGCCUUACCGCAUCCACGUGAACGCGAGCACCGUGCGGAUCCUCCGCGCUCUAGACCAGGGCUUCCAGAUGGAGGUGCGCGGCCGCACGGAGCUGAAGGGCAAGGGCGCGGAGGAAACGUACUGGCUGGUGGGCAGACGCGGCUUCAACAAGCCUAUCCCCAAACCGCCAGACCUGCAUCCGGGGGCCAGCAACCACGGCAUCAACCUGCAUGAGAUACCCCCUGAGCGGCGCCAGAAGCUGGAGAGGGCGAGGCCGGGCCUGUUCCCGGGGAAGUGA